UCGCGGCCCCACCCACGUCCCCACCCAGCCAGGUCUGGGGAGCGGAAGCGGCGGCAGCACCAGCAGCAGCAGGAGCGGCGGCAGCGGCGGCGGCGGCUGCAGCGCCGCGCACAAAGCCAGCAGACAUGAGCGAGUCCGUGGUCUGCACCACUCGAGCGACUGUGAUGCUCUAUGACGAUGCCAAUAAGAAAUGGGUGCCGGCUGGGGUUGGCCCCCAGGCCUUCAGCCGUAUCCAGAUCUACCACAGCCCCGCCAACAACGCCUUCCGGGUGGUGGGACGUAAGAUGCUGCCGGACCAGCAGGUGGUGAUCAACAGUCCGAUAGUGAAAGGGCUGAAGUACAACCAGGCCACGCCCAACUUCCACCAGUGGCGUGAUGCCCGCCAGGUCUGGGGGCUCAACUUUGGCACCAAAGAGGACGCCAGCCAGUUCGCCAGUGGGAUGAUGCACGCCCUGGAGGUGCUGGAUUCCGGGAACUCUGCACCACCACCGCGGCCGAUGCAGAAUGGGCCCUCUGCAGACGAGAUGGCGGAGCAACAGAAAAGGCAGCAGCUGGAGAGGGAGCAGCAAGAGCAGGCAGAGCGAGAGCGGCGGGUGGCCGUCUCAGCACCUCCUGUCACCCCUUCAGGGGGAGGCCCUCCGCCACCGCCCGGGCCACCACCAGCGCCACAAUGCCCGCCCCCGGGCCCCCCGCCAGGACCGCCAGGGCUGCCCCCAGGAGCACCGCCAGGGCCGCCCCCUCCGCCGGGGCCUCCACCACCCCCCGGGCCGCCCCCAGGCCCUCCGCCCUCCGGAGGGGGCCCUCCCCCAGCGCCACCCCUUCCAGCUGCCCAGGGCCCAGCUGCAGGUGCCGGGGCACCCACCGGCUUGGCUGCUGCGAUCGCGGGCGCGAAGCUCAAGAAAGUUGGCAAGGAUGAGGGACCAAAGGCUGCACCCGGAGCUGCAGCCGCCUCCAGCGGACCAGGUGGGGGAGGCCUCAUGGAGGAAAUGAGCGCCAUGUUGGCCCGGCGGAGGAAAGUUACGGAGAAAGGCGAGAAGCCCAUUCCAAAGAAAGAGGAAGGCCCAGCGCACGACGACGCGGAAGCCGCUGGGGCCAAGACCACAGACUCCUUCCGGAGGCCUUGGGAGAAGACCAGCACGACGCUACCCAGGAUGAAAUCUGCCGGGGCGAUUACUGGCCCGGAGCCCACGGGAGCUGGAGGAGGGGAUGAAUCGGAGCUGGAACGGGUGAAGCAGGAACUUCUGCAGGAGGUCCGGCGGGAGCUACAGAAGGUGAAAGAGGAGAUCAUACAAGCAUUUGUAGCGGAGCUACGGAAGCGGGGAUCGCCUUAGCCUCCCAACUGCCUGCCGGGGCCACCUGGAGUCAGCAGUUUAAUUCUCCCAAAUGUGCAGACAAGAAUAAAAAAAUAAGGAAAAAAAUAUGAAGAACCCCCCCCCCAGUCACCUCCCCCUCCCCCUCCUGCACCAGACAAGCUACACACACACACACACACACCCUUUCCCUGUCGGCUCCGAGGCCUCUGGCCCCCGCUGUGCAAUUUCCGGGUGGGGGAGAGGGAUGAUCUGUGGUGGCCCCCCACCCUAGGAAGGGCAGGACCCCCCCACCUGUGCCUUACCCAGAGCAAUAGCAGCACCCUGCCCCCUCCCCUGACUCCCUUCCCCUGGCAAGGAGAGGCUGUUCCCACGGGAGGGUCGUGGGGCCGUUUCCCUGGUGGAACUGCCUUCGAGCCCCCCCUACACUGUGCCAUUCCCAGAGAGGGCGAGUCCCUCCCCCCUCAAAUCCUCUUUCUCUUGUUAGACUUCCGUGUUUGGUUUCUCUGCCCCCCCCCCCACUCCCUUAGAGGGGUUGUGUGCCCAGCCCAGCUAGAGGGAGCCCGGACCCUCUGAGGAGGGAAGUGGGAGAAGCACCCAUUUCUUGGAGAGCCCUCCCCCCCCGCUGCCCCCCCCCCCCCGGGCUGAGAGAGUCCCACUUGCUUGAUCAAACUGGAGAAGUUUCCUGUCCUUACGGGCAGGGGUCGGCACCAACCCUGCCACGCUGGGCUGUGACUCGGGGCGACAGCCUGCCCACGCACCCUUCUUCCGGGUGCUUUUCCGCAAGCCGUGGUGUUUCCCUUGGGGAGAGACCCCCGGAGUUCUUCCUUUUGCAGAAAGGAGGCCGCAGGGGGAGGCGAUGGAGAAGAGCAGAGACACGAGAGACAGUGGCAGAGGUCGGGGAGCAGCCCCUCUCGGGCGGAAUCUCGGCCCGUGGCUGGCUAGUUGCCCACCACUACCUUUUCAGGGCACCGCUAUUGCAAAGCAUGUAGUCACGCAUGCACCCUCACCCUACCCCGACGAUGGAACUCUUCCCCGAAUAAAGAGGGGGGGCCCUUACCCUCUCUACGCACCUCCCAGGACCCUUCCUCAUUUCACACACACACACGGCUGGUUUCUCUUGGUUUUGUAACUUUUGAUUUUACACGUGGAGAUGGGGUACUUCUCAGAAUAUUUUAUCUAAUACCCCAGUCCCUGCCCUCACCUCUCUGGGUAAUUUUUUAAAAAUAUUUUCACCCCUCUACCUCCCUCAGGCCGUGGAGGGGAAACAGGGCAGGUUCUUGGCUUUUCUACUGAGCUGUAAUUUUUGACUUCGUUUUGUUUUUGUUGAGCUGGAUGGAAUAUUAUAUUUUGAUUUUUUAUUAUUAUUAUUAUUACUGAUCUGCUGGGUAUUUCUGCCCGAUUUCUACCCACCCUUCCGACACACAGCACCCACUCACCUGGCGAUGGGCACUAGGAUCUCGGGCACAUGCACCAAACGUCUUUAGGAAUAAAUCUUUUCCUUUUUUGUAAAAUUGCAAAA